AGAGAGAGAGGGGGGGGAGGGGCGGGGGGGGAACUCUUUUCAUAGCUCUGUCUUUAUACUCCUUUUGGCUCUCCAAAGAACCUUCCGUCGUUUACUCCCAAAAACCCCAUUCCGGAGCUGCUGGCUUCCAUGGCCGAAAACCGGGGCUUCACCGGCGCCGGCGGCGGGCGCUUCUCCAAGAUGCUCUUCUCCGCCGUCGAAGACGUGGACGUCGCCCUGGACACCGACGGCUGUUACAACUACACCUCCUCUUUCUCCACCGAGAAUCCCCCCAAAAUGCUCUGCUUUUCCGACCACCGCAAUGCAUGCGAGUUUGGCUGCUUCUCCGAAACCGCUCCGAAAUCGGGCCUCACAUGCAGCGACUCGUCCUCCGCCUCUUCCACCGCCGCCGCCGCCGUCUCGUCGUCGAAAUCCAAUAAAAAGCGGAGUGGGCCCGUGCUCGAACCAACUCCGAUCACCACCGUCGCCGGAGCUCCGCCUGGACGCCAGAGCGACUGCAAGAGGGCCAAAUCCGAGAACGGCCAUGGAAAGGCGAAGAGAGAAAAGCUCGGAGAACGAAUCACGGCUCUGCAACAACUGGUUUCGCCGUACGGGAAGACGGAUACGGCAUCGGUGCUUCAUGAAGCGAUGGGAUACAUCAGGUUUCUGCAGGAGCAAGUUCAGGUCCUUUCUUCUCCAUACUUGCGCCGUCUUCCCCCUCCUCCUUCCCUCAGCCUGCAAGAAAAUGGAGGGAAUGGAGAAGACACAGGGGAAGAGCCAAGAAAGGAUCUGAGAAGCAGAGGCCUGUGUUUGGUCCCAAUUGAGUCCACUACCCGUGUUGCCAACGACAAUGGUGCUGAUUUCUGGUCCCCUGCCAUGGUCAACUAUUUCCCACCAACUCGCGGAUAAACAAACAGGGGGCUUUGAACUGUGAAUUACAGAGGGUGGGAGAAGGGUAUUUCUGGGAUUUUGCUAUCGGAUAAAAUGUCUGUUUUGCCACCACCUUUUUCCGGGUGGGGAGGAGGUGAAGAAGGGUGUUCUGGGGGUUCUUUUGUUUUUUUUUUUUUUUGGCGGGGGGUGGGUUCUGGCACUUCCGGCGGUGGCUGAUGGUGGCGGGUGGAGCAUGGCUUACAUUACAUCUGGGUUUGGGACCUUUGUUAUGAUCUAGGCAUUGUCAAAUACCAAUACCGAUGCUAUCUGGGAAACAGGGCUUGUGUCCCUUUUACAGUUGGUUUCUUCCUUUUCCGAGUAAAUCUCUAUAGUUUGGUUUUGGAAGCUCUGUUUAUUUUAGUGAAAAUCAUAUUAUAGAAAAAAGACUCAUUGGUCGUGCCCA